GGCCGAGCCGUGGGAAUAUUCAAAUCCAGCCGUGAUUGAUUGGCCCAGAGCCGGUUUCAACAGCACAGAGGACUCAUUUCCAUCCCGACAUCACUCUCAGUGGCACACACAGCCCGUUCUCUUUCCGAGAUGGCAAACAAGCGGCUGCAAAGAAAUCACAAUCGGUGAAAUUAUCGACUUUACGAGUGCUGAGGAUGUCUAGGAAGUACUGUUAAUGGAGCCAGCUUCAUCAAUGGAUAUAACAGCGGAGGUUUCCAGUGCGCAAUCCGAAAUCAGAGGCGAGAUUGCUUUUGCAGAGGAAAUACGCCUUCCGAGCAGGAGAACAACCAAUCAGCCGUGGCGAACCAAAGAUAAACAAGCCUUAUGAUAAGAAAAAACUCUGUAAGACAUUCAUUACAUUUCUAAUUUCCUUUUUUUGAUUGUUAUGGGACAGUGUGUGGGCUCUUGGAAAUGUUUUAGCGCAGGAAAUGUCUGUUGGUUUCUAAGGUGAUCUUUAUUCAUGAAAGAAAAAAACAGUAGAAAUACUUAAAUUCAAGGGUAAACAGAUAAUUUCCCAGGAUUUUUCUUAUUUAUUUUGGGAUGACAGCGCUGAGGUGGUGAAAGAUGCCAAGUGCGCACUGAUGGACAGGAGCGUAUCGCCCAUAUCUGACUUGACAGCUUGUGAUUGUCCUGUUGUUAUUAGCCAGUGUGUGUAUUUUUAUGGGCCGAACUAUGAGGCAUGUAAUUUCAUCUCACCGUAGAAAAUAGAUCUAGGAUACAAGAGAAGAAAACAGAUAAGAUGUAUGCAACAGUUAAUUACAGUUAAUAGCAGAGCUAAUUUGGUAAUUGAAAUGAGGAGAAUGAAUUUGCAUAUCAAAUAUCUGCUUUUUUUCUAACUCUAGUCUAAUCUUUUCAUUCCAAAGUGACAUCUUGGGGGUGGUAAAUGGCUUUAUAUGCCAGUUGAUACACAGGAAGUGCUUUGAAGUAUAUUAUCGGUCAUUCAGCUCUGCCUCUGAAGGUUUCCAUUUCCAUUGUCUGGAAGCCGGAGGUGGGAUCAUCGCACCUCACUGCACCGGUGGCAGCAGAGGUUGAAGGUUAUAGUCGCAGCAGAGGGGCCUAUAGAUUAUUGGCCAGGUGUGAAAUUCUACCCUGCGUGCUUUUUUCCCUGCCUGUGCCAGAUCUUUUAUUACUCAGAGAGAUGGGAUGUCACAGCUUCCCACCAGAGGCAGAAGAGAAAAGCCAACAAUUUGGGGAGGGUUAUUGUCCGUGCUCUUGGGCUGUUUUUUUUUCACCAGAAGAAAACAUCAACACCCUCAAUUAGAAGUAAUAAUAUGGUUUGUGACUACUCUGUCAUAAACAUUUAUUUGUUAACGAUUGCCCUCUCUAAGUUGUAAAAAAAAAAAAAUGUAUCAGGACUCCCCACAUCCUGUCUUCAAAUUGCUUGUUUGGUCCACCAUGUGUUUCAAGCCUCAAACCAUUCGCACAAUUAAAAGCAGCAAGUGCUUCCAUGAAAACCAGCUUCAUCAGGAAAUGUUUGACAUAUUUUGCAUGGAUUAAAUGUCCCAAAAAAGAUUCAGAUCAUGUAUUCCAAUGUUUUUAUGAACAUGCCUUUCUUUUUUGGACCUCUAACAAACCCAUUAAAAUCAAGGCUUUUGAUUCACCUCAUCAUAAAUUUUUAGUGCCUCAUGCUCUUUUCAUCCUGAAAUAUGUUGGCUGACUUGAUUCACUCUAAAAUCUAUACUUCAGUUUCACAGUCCAUGCUUUUACUUAAUGAGUAAAUGUUGAGUUCCUCAUAUGAUCCACAUAUUUGGAUUACUGACUACGUUUUUGUACAGAUUGUGAAUUGUCACUGGUGCUUUCAGAUGUGGUUGUUUGUCUCAAAUGUCUGUGGCCUGAACUUGCCUACACAGCCUUUUAAUUGUGUCCCACUAUGAGCUAGUCAAUGUGCAGGUAUCCCAUGGGGGUUUCCCUCUGAUCUCAUAUCACACCCCCAGCAGUAAUUCCAGCUCUGUGAAGAGAAGGGAUUUGUCAGUUUGGCUGCCCAUUUCCCUUUGCCUUCUCAGGAGCGAAGCUGAGCUCUUGAUUUAUUGUGAAGUUUCCCCCGGCUUGCUCAAUCUCCAUGCCUACCGAGUUACUGAAAGCAGGAAAUGGCUCAACCACAAGAGUGACCUUUUUCUUGGAUGCUUGUUACCGAGGCCAGAACGAGGGCUGAUUAAGGUCAUGUCUUUUUCUGCCAUGUCAUCCCUGGCUUUACAUUUAAGGCUCUAUUGGAUCCUUUUUAGUGGAUUUUGUUAAAGAAAUCCAUACCUUUAAAUUUCUGCUUUAAGUAGUAUCAUCUUGUGUUUUUUUGUGCCUUGACUGUGUACUGGAUGGAAAACAGUCUGUGGAGUGAGAAAAGGGGGGACCUAAUUUACUAUAGCAAUCCUGGAACCCUUUUGUAGUUUAGUGGUCAUGUAGUCCAAAUUGAUGUCUUUUAAACAACAUCUGUAUGCAAGUGUAGCUAGCUAUGGCUUAUAGACAGACCCGUUCAUCUUAAGUUACCAGUAGAUAUCACCUUUUUACAUUGGAUGAUCGAGAUCUCUCUUAGACUCAGCAUUUUAUAUUGCAGGCACAGAGGUUUAAUGGUGAAGCAGAUCAUGUGCUAUUUAGCCAGCAACAAGGGUAGUAACUGGCACAACACUGUCACUGUAAAUGUGGAAGCAGGAUAGACCAGAAUUUCGAAACUAUGGUUAUUCUGAAGAAACUUAUUCUUAGAUAAAAAUUCCACCUAACUGACUCAUCUUCAUGUAAGAAAAUACUUGGAAACAGUCAAAAUUUAGCAUGAUUUGUUUCGAACUACCAAGCAUCAGUGGGUCAACAUUGCCAGAUUCGUUAGCUUAUGUUAGUAGACCUGGCACCAUCAGCUAUGGGUCCUCCUUCCAGGUUUAUUUCCGAUUGUCUGUAUUGGUUAUGGACUGCUCUGCUUGGUUUUACACCAUUGUAACCAGACAUACAACAGACAACUCAAUUUAGAUCUGGGUUUGUUUACAUCCAGAUAGUAGGACGUUGAAACAUGACGGCAGUGGCACGUUUGAGCCAUGGCCCACACUGGUGGUGAGUGACUUGGCAACAGCUCGGACAUGACCAGCAUUUUGGGCUUGAUACUUGAUAGGACAUAGAGGCAAAUAAUGUGAAGAAAGGUUGUGGCAGGACGGAAAGUCAAAUCUGUUACCAGUGCGAUGAAGACGGUAGCCUCUGUACUGGGGGUCCCUGCAAAACUUGCACCUUUUGGUCUGGCCACCCCUCCCACUAGCACAUCACCAUCAAAUGACUUCUGAUUGGUUCUGAGUCUGAAACCUUUCAGUGUAGAGUGGGUUUUCAGCUAAAUGAUCCAAAAUUAUUCCAAAAACAUAAAUAUAAAAGCUCACAGGUCUGGUUGCUUAGCGAUUCUUCUACUGCACCCUCUGUGAUCAACCUUUUAUCUGCUAAGGGACGUCAUGUGUAAUUAGAGGAAGCCUGCUAUCUUUUGAAAUCUGUCUAAUUGGUCUUUUCAUUCUAACAGGAUGAAGGGGCAUAAAGACAGGGGGUUAAGGGUGGAAGGUUAGGGACUGCGCCUCCGAGGUCAUUGAAGAGGGGACUGCCGCAAGCUCCAGUAAGCUUUAUUUUGUCGACAUGAUGGCUCUCAGUCAGUCAUUACUUCAAAUUAAUGAUUACAGCUACCAAAUUACAAUUGAUGCAUCAUCAUUUGCCCCAAAUGGAAAACGCAGUGAGAUGAUGAAAUUUUUGAGUUGGUCCAGAGAUCAAAGAGCCUUUUUUUCCCUGGAACAUUUUGAUGUUUCAUGGUAGAGAGCGCAUCAUUAAGUUAUCUCCUACAUUACAGGCAGUAUGUUCUCCAUGGUUUCUAAUGACUUUUAUGUUUGCUUGAGGAUUUUAAUGACUAGCAGGAAUCAGUGACCCUUAACAGUGUUACAGCGGAGUAAAUAUCCAGAGGACAGGGCUGUGGAAAGGGGUUGGGUGGGCUGAAUGUUUUGAUAUAAAGUCUUUGUUUACUGCUGUUUUUGCUUCUAUAGAUCUCAGAGCCCUUUGUGAAAAUGGGAGACAUGCCUGAGUGUGUUACCUUGAGUCUGAUUCUUGAAAAAUAACCUAUCUUACCAUAAAACCUUCAGCUCCCUCUUUCACCAUCUGUUAUCUUUGAAGUCAAGGUUUUCUAAAGGCUGGACAGCACACCCACAGCUCUCUGACAGUGUGUCAGUGUGCAUAUACCGGGAUAAGGAUAAGAUAAGGCUCUGUUUACCUUCUAAUUCUACCUUGGCAUUGGCAAGGUUUUACCCCAUGCGGUGUGUUUCUUUUACCUUGGCACCAUCUGUGGGCAAGGGCAGAUCUGGGUCAGUCCGUGGCGUUUUAUUCCCUAUCAAAGGCUGUGCACAAAGAUAAGGUGCAAUUGUGCGGCUUUGGAUUCAUGGCAAAAUUCAUUCUCAGUGUCUCCGAGAGUCUGAAUUAUUGUUUCAUGGGUUUGUCCCAUCAUUUCUAAGAUUCUUCGAGUGUGACGUUGUUGUGAAAAAUAAUGUGCAAAUUGUGAAGCCAAGGAUUUAGCUCUCUCCACUGUUGGUCAUAAAAGCAGCCUCCUCCAUUUCAACAGAUGGGACAUGGGUAAAACUUAAAAAUCAGAAUACAUGUACAUGAAAUAUUCCUAAACACAUAUGCAAUUUAAAGUAGCUUUACUAGUUUUACUGAAAAGUCAAGUCUUGAUUUGAUAGUCCAAAUUUAUUGAUAGCCCUGUGGACUAAUGCAGAUUCUUCCGUGAUGGAAGGAAAACAACUAUAAGACCUGUAACCUUGUGCGCCAGUUUUAAAGUCUUAAACAGAACUGGGUGAUAACUUCAGUUUAUUCUUGUUUUUCAACUGUUUUCGGUAUACUGUGGAGGGCAAUAGAUUAUGCAGAGCUGGUUCACUGUUACAAACAAACAGGGGCAGCUUAUGGAUAUGCAAGGGGGUAGGUGAUUUGAACACAGGUAUUUUAAAGUGAUAGGCCACAUUGAGCAUUACAUAUUUUAAUAAGAUUGGUUUAUUCCUGCAUAAGCCUUUCCUCUGACGCAUGUCCAUGCAGUAAUGAGGACAUAUGCAUGAUAUAGUUGAGAUAGCGUUUAAAGUUGUCUCUUGUAAUUUAGCGGAUUGUGUGUUUUAUUCUAAUUUGCAGCAUUUUCAGACAUCUGUGCCUGGAGCUUUAUAUUGUAUCGCAACCGUCUUGUGAUGACUACAUGGCAGAAAUGGUAACAUUCAUUUUCUCUCAGACACUCAGCCGUUGACACUGUAUGAUUUCCAUCCAGUUACAUUCUGUGGACAUCUGUCUGAAUAUUACCCGGAGAUGGUAUUUACAUAAAAUCUGUGCUUGCGCAUGAAUUGUAUAGGAAACGCUUCUUAAUGCUGUUGUAAUACCUUUUACAGGAGCUAAUCUGGAUGGAAAUGAGGCUCAUUGUUAUCAGCCGCGGGCCUGGAGUGUUCUUGCAGCGUGGAGCGGAGUGGCUCCAGGUUGUUUGGUUAUCCUGUAUGUGAACCUUUGUGCCCUCUUUUUCUUUCUCUACAGAGGAGGAGAAGAAGGAAAUCUGGGUCUCUCUUAUAUGCUGCUCUGAUACCAAUUAUGCAAACUAUUAUAGAAUUUAACCAGGCCAGCUCUUAUCGGCUAAUCCAGAAGUAAUAGAUUCUGUUAAAAAUGUAUGAGGGGGGUGGGGGAUCAGUGUGUGUGCGUGGAUGGUUAUAUAGAGAUGAAUAUAGCAGCUGCAGAAGCUCUGCUGUCUAAUUCAGUCCUCCGUCAGCCUACUUGUCUGGUCUCCAUUACUGAGACAGGAUCUUGCUGUGCCCGCCUUAAAGAUAAUAUAAAAGCCAUACAUAAUAUACAAUUAAUUACACAAUGAGUGGAUUGUCAUUCAGGGAGCAUGUCAUUUAAAGAGAGACGCUGCCUUUUCUCCUCUUUAACGACCAAUUGCUCCCAGUUAAUCAUUUAUUUCUUUCCAAAUUAACCUUUUUGCUUUUGUGUCGUUUUCCUAGUCCUCGUCUGAGGGUUCUGAGAGGGGGGAAAAAAAAAACAUUAGCAUAGCACUCACAUGCUAAUCCACCCCGAGAGUGAAAAGGGUGCUCGUCUUAAACCUUUUUCAUUAUCAUCUAAUUAUUAACUGAGGAUUCAGAGAGCUGCUAACAGGAGCUGAGAUAGCUCUGUUCGGGAGGGGUGAGUGUGAAUGUGGCAGAGUGAUUCGUGUGUGUGUGAAGCAGUGUGUUUCUUUUUUCUGUGCCUUUCAUGUUUGUUGAGGGGGAGGCUCUUUUUUUUGCAGUUUGCUCUUAUCUUUGCUCUGACCCUUGAUGCUGCACGAAGUCAUGAAAGACUCCAGAAGGUCAGACAGAUGCUCGUGUCUGAGUCCCUGUAUAAUUCAGUGCCUUUUCCUGCUUUGAUGGAUGUUCCUUUGCUGCUGCUUUUUCACAGACAAACAGUAAGAAAUGAGACUUUUAGAUUAUUAUAAGAAAGCUAAAUCUGUCUCUGGGUUGUCGGGCAUUAUUGUCUCAAGAGAAGUGAGCCACUUAGCAGUAAAUGAGUUUAAAACCAAGCAAAAGUCCCUCCAUCAUUGGUCUUAAGCCUUUUAAAUGGAUCCUGUCUCCUUCUCUUAUUCCUGAUCUGAGGACAGACGACACAUAAGGAUAUGUGACAUUUUCCGACCAGUCAAUGACAAGGAAACAGGCCUGAAAAAUAGAUUUAUUUGCCAAGACAUCCUUAUCAGGAAACCACUGGGAACAGUUAGACGGACAGCAGAGCACAAGGUCUUUAUCGCCCUGGCAGCCCCCUCAGUGGACCGCAUCACGCAGCUUAUCAGCUGCAUGGAUAUCACCUGAGAGUGGCAAGGAUUAGAUGUCCUUGCAGCGUAAACUUUGUGCUCUUUUCCUUAUUACACAUGUUGAAGAAGUCUGUGAAUGCAUGAACUUGUAAGAGGUGGAAAAGACCAAAGAACAGACUUUGGAGAACAUGUUAGGAGAACGUUUAAGACACGUAAGAAAAUGGCUUGAAGGAGAGUGACAUCAACUAUUGUGUGUCUCUUAUUGUAAAGGUUGAGUAGAGUCACACUGCUGAGUCCCUCUUUAAAGAUGGCGGGCUGUUAUUUGCAGCUGUCUGUCCCUAAUUUCCCUCAUAUUUCAGCCUGUCACUGUUAUAAAGGGAUGUAUUGUGACCUUCUUAGACAGUCAUUUGUUAGCACUGAAAGAAAGUGAGGGCAUGAAAUAUUAUUUUGUCUCAUGUGGAGGAGUGGAGAUGGUGAUAUUGCUUGAGAAUGAGCCCAGAUAAAAUCAUGCAUUCUGGGAUCUGUUUUAUCUCAUGUCUCUCUUUUUUCCCAGUUACUUCACUCAUGAGCGAGAAGGCAAUUUUAAGCUUAAGUUUUUAUAAAAUCUCUUUAAAUUUAAAAUUCAGAUACCAGGAUGAAAGAAACCAUCAUUACGCACACUUUCUGCCUUAUUUCUAGUUCCCUUUGCUGCUUUCAGAGAAACUUUCUUUUCUUUAAACCACUGCUGGCCUCUCUUUGAAUUAUAACAUCCUCCCUGAUGUAUUUUAUUCCAGCUGCAAAUUAUGGGAGUAAUGGAAGGUAUUCCAAUUUAUGUCUCAUUUUCUGCUGGGGAAGGGAUUUCCCUGGAGAUGCCUUUCCUUCCUCGUACUCUACCCUGCGUUUUCGUCACCUUCCUCUCAGCACAAAAAUGUGUUGUAAUGGAAGGGUUAUUGUGAAAUUGCCAUUAUUUUCAAAAUGGAAUCUGAACAUACCAAGGCUUUUAGCUCCUCACAUGUGUGUGUGCUAAGAUGAGACAGGUUGCGCUGAGCAGUUUGAAGUGGGCUUGUCACCAGGGGACAGAUGUUGAGCGGAGGAGGAGGAGGAGGGGAGCGGGCGCAUGAGGAAAAGGAAGAGUGAGGGAAUUUUUUUUUUCUCCUGGCACCUGAGCAAAACGAAAGCCACUCUGUCUUUCUUCCAUUUUUGAGGAGAGGGUAAUCAGGCUUCUGCAACUCAUCACUGAACACUCUGUUCUGUGGUUGAACCGCUUAGGCUGCCCUCUGAACCCUGAGGGAGAAAUGAAAGCAAAAUUCUAAAGAACCUUAAAACUUAGCAAGAAAAGAGGCAAUCUGACAGCUGUGUGCUGCAGGCUUAUAUUACCCUUGUUGGGGACUGCUCUGCUGAGGUAAAAGUACAGGGUUUUUUUAGUUUUAUAGUAACUUUUGUUGAAGUACAAGUCAGAUUUUUGUUUCACUUUUACCAUAUUCUCAUACCUUUUCCUUGACAGCAACACAGGGUGACAAAUUCAGUUGCUGUUCUCAAAGCUAUAUCUUUAGAUUGAACAACUUUGAAAAAUGACAAUAACAUUCAGAGAGAUAUUGGCUCAUAUUUCAAGGUAGAAUAACAUUCAUAGAGGCCGUUAAACCAUCAAACAACACCUAAUGUUAGCCACCAGCUACUGUCUAAGCUAAGAAGUGGUUGAACAUUUACAUGCCUCAAGAUUGUUUUGCAGGAUACUCCAUGAGUAGCUGUGGUUUAAUGCUAAUAUUGGCUGUUAUUCGAUAGUAAAUGACAUUUUUGAAAGUUCAGUCAUAUUCUUUCUUGUCUCACUCUCAAAAGCUUUAGCAUCGAGACCUUUCCUUGCUAACAGUGAUUUGGGAAACGCUGAAAUGACAUGAUUUGUCAGACUUAACCCAAAACUUGACACAAAGAUUUUAGCUCACAUUAGCGUUUGAGUUUAUGAAUAGGGUCCGUAGGUGCAGAUGUACCUGACACAGAUAAAGUAAGAAUUAUAUCACCAUAAGCACUUACUUAUCUCCUGGUUUUUUAGUUUUGCGCUACUAGCAUUCAGAUCUUUGACUCUUCAGAUAAUCAAAGCAAAUGUCAAAAGCAAUAAUUGCUGAUAUAUCCCCUCGGCGCCCGGCUUUGUCUGCAGAAUGAUUGCUUCAAUCAGCAGCUGUGAAGAGGCGCCUUCUCAUUCAGACGCAGCCUUUCAUUUCCUCUGACAAUACUUAAGUCUGCUAACAGCACAGCCUAUUUAAGGGAGAGAGCUGCUUUUGGCCUUCUCUGCAGAUCAAUACAACCAUAAAUUUAUUGAACAAUAAAACUCAGGUCGCAGGGAUGGUUACAAAUUAAAACACACAGCUUGAGGCUACAGGAGGCCUUGUUAAUGAUCUGUGUGAUUGUAACUGACAGAACAAGGUUGAUGAUAGCAAAGAGCCAUCAGAACAACUUGUAAGAGGGAUGGAAAUGGAGUUGUCCUGAAGUGAUAUCACUUUAGCUUGAAUGCUCAGUCUCAGUAGAUUGAAGAGUGCCUGCUGAAUUUUUAUUCGGUGAGUGAACAUAGCGGUUGGAGAGUUUUAGGGUGUUCGAUGUAAAUGCUGCUGAAGUAAGGUUAAAAAGAUGUUUUUGAAGGAGGAAUUUCCUGAUGUUUUCAGCGUUUUCUCAGCCAGCUUGCUGUUUUUCUUCCAAUAGUAGACGAGUGUUGAUGCAAUAUUUUCAAUGUAUUGCUGAUAAUUUGCUGUUUUUCCAAACUUCGGCUGUUGGUUUGUGCACCACUUUUGCAAAUUAUCAAGUUUAAAAACUAAGUAUGAUUGAUACCUCAUAUUGUAUUGAGAUUUGUGAUGUUCAGAGAAUGAGACGGUGCAAACGCUGCUGCUACUUUGCACUUAAGUAACAACCUUUUUUUUUUUUUUUCAUUCUAGCAGGUUAAUCCAGGCUGCUUUCAGCCCAUGUGAACUAUCAUGCUGGCCUGUAUCCAGAGACGGCAGAAUCUCUCAUCACAGCAUCUUGGCUGCAAACCUAAAAGUCUGGAUGUCCCCGCAACGCCAUUACUGCUGUCAGUGCCACCGCUACAGCAGUGCACACGCAAAGGUGAGUAUCAAUCACGUAGGGGUUGACAUUUAGCAACUUCUACAUCAAUAUCUUGAAAUAGAAAAUGCAGGUAACUUGGAAGACCUUGGUCAUGUCCUCAGAUACUUUUAAUCCAUCACGUUUAGCUUGACCUUGCAGCCUCUAGGUGCACAUAAAAAAUCCUGUAUGGUUUUAGCAGUGUGCUGAGCAGCUCUGAAGCCUCUAAAAUUAAAAUAAUAGGCAGCCUGAUGAUGAUGAUGCCUUUUAAUUGGGCAACUAAUCAGUGUGCUCCUGCAGUGCAAAUGUGUGCAGGUCAAAGUGGACUCUGAAAUUACACAGUUAAUCAGGUCUCUUGUACAGGGUUUCUAAUGAUGUUCACAUUCUGUGGAGAAAGUGCUCCUUGUCAGUGUUGUUUGACCUUCAUCUUGACUGAUUAUACUGCAGUCAUUGAAAGGUUGAGUGGGGAGUCUUUGGGACUAACCUGCACCGACACUUGUGAUUAGAUUUGGUGAAAUUAAUUGAUUGAAUGAGACGUGUUUGCGGGGUAAGAUCUGACUCUGAUACAGCUUUUUUCUUAUAAAGUAGCCUCUGCGUGGGUAUUAUUUGUGCACUGUUCCCAAAUUGCAUAGUCUUUUUCAUUCCUGGACAGUCAACACUCACAUAAUGAGAUCACAGUGGCACAAAUGAAGUUAUUCUGCUGCGGUUUCCUUUUCUCGAUUGCUUUAAAAAUUGCUGAUGCCUCUUUUUUCUGCGCUGGGUCUGGUUUGAAGCUGUGUUGCAGAUCUAUAACUACUUACAGUUUAAUGAUUCAGCUAGAUGUGUUUUGUAGUUUUAUGAAUGGACUUAACCAUGAAGUAUGACAUUAUUUAGUCCUUUAAAGAUUUUUUGUUCUAUUUGGCAGAGGUGUUGCAGUUUCUUUUAUUGUUAUUUAUUUGUGUCUGUGACUAUUUCUAUUAAAGUGUUUUAUUUGGAGACAUGGAAAGGAAGCCAAUAAGGAUUGUUGUAAAUCAAAUGAAAGUGUAUGGACUCUGGCCUCAUGGAAAACUGAACACUCCGAUACAGAACUGUACUUGUGUAUAUUAUUAUUAUACUUGGACUGAAUCACAUUUGACUAUCAAGGUUAGAUAAGCCUAUGACACACGCAGCAUUGUCUGCAGCUAGAGGCAGUAGUUUGAAUUAUCUUAUCCGUCUGAUCAUGUUUCAUGUUUAUUUUUAUGAGCCUGUGUUCUUUCAUAAAGCAUAUCUUCGUUCAUCCAUCAUGAAAAAUAACACAGUGAAAUAUCUUCUUAUCCCUCAUCUGUUUUAUAUUACAUAGGGGAUGUUGGUAGUCUUGGAAGUAUAGAUUGUUUUCAGAUUUAGUGAGCUGGGAGUGAUCAGGUUUCAGGAACACCUGUGCGUAUACACAAGUGUUUUCGCUUUCCUCUCCCUAAUUAGACCUGCUUUUGUGUUUCAGUCGGGAGCUGUUCUUGUCGUUUUUAAUGGUUGGUGUGACUAAAAAAGCAGUAAAGUUUUUUGAUCAAACAUGCAAAAGAAAGUAACUUCAUUACAGUUUUCAGAAACACAUUACUCGACGACUAUCUCUGUAAUGCAUUAUGAAUAUAUUACAAGGUCAGGUAUUAUAAUGUGUUAUAACUGUUAACAACUCACUGACAAUGCCCACAUAGAUAAUGCAUUAUGCAUUUAUUUAGGAUAUGUUAUAAUUUGCUUAUAAACUUGUAUUUCUAUCAUUAAGAAAAAACACCCAGUAAUUAUCAUAAGGCUUUAUAACAAUAAGCAUAACACAUUAUAACACCAGACAUUGUAAGUCAUGAUAAAAUGCUUUAUAAUGUGUUAUGAUUAUUGCUAUAAAGCGUUAUGAUCAUUUAUGUGUUUAUUACUAUAGUUAUACAGUGCGAAAACGUGAUUAUGAUGCAUUGUACAUAUAAUUAUAAUGGGUUAUAGAGAUAGGUGUCAAGUAAAGUGGGACCCUGUUUGCUUUUUUAGCUCAAUGCAUGAUAGUGUGCAAUACAGUCUUAUUGUAAUUGGAUGGACUCUACAGUGAAUUAUGGGAUAUCUUUAAAGUGUGUAGAAGUCAGUACACAAUAUUUGUAGAGCAAUAUAAAAAGGUGAUCUCAGUCCCGCCCUCUGUAGGAAAAUAGGAUGGAGAUCAAAACCAGUUCUGAUAAAGAUCUGAUUCAAAAAUUCAACCUAACUAGAGCUUUCCAAUCUGAAGGCUGCAAAAGUAAAGAAAACAUCACUAAAACACAACCAGUUAGGGAAGAAAAAUACUGUCAUCUUUCCACCAAUUAGUAGAAAAGAAUCAAGAGUGGUAUCAAUAGAGACUCUAGUCGUUCAGGCGGCUCAAUAAUGCUGCUGACAUAAAAACUAAUGAUCUCCAUCCCUAUCACUGUGUGUUAACACAAAGCUUGUUUUGCGUCAUCAUUUUUCCCAUUUAUACUCGCAGGCAAACACUUUAUAUCCUAAUAAAUUCCUAUCAUUUCUCUCCCUUCCCAUCCUCCAUCUAUCUCCCCAGGUUAAAUUCCUCUUUUGUCUUUUUUGGUAUUAAAUAUUAAUUGGAAAUCAAUGAAGCACUUGUCUGCUAAACGCUGGAACAGACGGGCUUACUUUGCCCGAGGCAGAACCAGCCCUGCAUUUCUCAUCCUGUUUACCUGCAGGCCUUUUUUCCCCCCUCUUGAGUUUUAUGCACUGCGUCUGUGCGUAUAGUGCAGCACCCUCCAGCUCUAGUCUGACAUUUCAAGCACUACCACGGGGAAUAGACGGCUGAUGGGGGAGCUCAGUCUGUGUGGCCCUGGCUUCUUCAUUAAAUGACUCGUUGUUGGACUGAGAUAAAUAGGGACAGUCUUUAGUCACUGCUGCGCUUUUGAAAGCCUUUCCCUUUUUGAGCUAUCAAUAAAUGGAAGGCGCGGGACAUGAAAGCCCUCAGCGGUGCAAACCCAUGUGAAAGAUUUCUGAGAAACCAGCCUAAGGAUUUAUGUGAUGAGAGUGAAUGAGAGAUGUUCUCUCCUCUGCUAUCUCAGCUUCAAAGCCGAGGCUGGAAAUGGUUUUUCCCACGCUGCUGGCCUGCGCUCGGGUCAGCUUUGAGUGGGGAAACUUUGCCCAAGCUGGGCCAAGCGGCACAGAAACAAAUGAGGAGUGACACUGGUGCAAAGGAGUGUUCGCCAGAGCCUCCCCGAGCACACAUAACAAAGUGUUCAGCCCUGAGGUAACUCUGUUCUAUUAGCACCCUUCAUUUAGGGAUCACUGACACUGAGAUAGAAAGGCGUGUGAAAACGGAGUGUCUUUUUAACUACCCUGUGUGUGUUUUAAAAGAAGGCUGUACAAAGCAAAGUAAUGAUGAGUACAUUUAUAAACCUGCGCGGCUUUCUUUGUGUUUCUACCUUCCUUAUGUUGUCAAUUUAAGUGAAGACAUUGACCUUUUCACUUAAGUUAAGUAUAUGAUUACUUCCUUCCAUGAAUCUGACACGAAACAUUCUGCUGACUCUGUAAUUAUCUGUGUAAGUCAAUCAUCAACUCUGACUUGAAAUGAGUCACUAGCUUCAGUGUGAAAGGAGUCAGUUAGCCACAAACGCAAAGACAGCUUUUAUCUCAGUACUUUUUUAGCAUUGAUGGCAUAUUUGUUUUUUUGGUUUUGGACACUUUUACAAAAGAGUUUAUUUAACCUGCUAACUCUUUCUCCUUUUCAACAACACCUACAAACCCACUCUUUCCAACAACAAGUUUUUUCCCGAUAGCUCAACACUUAACACUUUUGCCUUGACAGUCGUUGCCAUAGAGGCGGAGACGCAGACAUGCUAAUCAGAGUUGUGGUAAAUUAGGGUUGCUUUGUCAGCGCAACUAAUUCAGAUGAUAGGUGUUACAUUUAUCAAAGAUUUACCCUGAGUAUUAACAUGCUUUCUGGAAAGACCGUUGACAACAUGAAAAAUUAGCUUUCACUCACUGUGACUGUCCCAUGCAGAAGAAUAUUUCUAACCUGUGAGUGGAUAUCUCUUACCCAAAUGCAUGUUUACAGUCUAAGUUCACUUUUCCCUUCAUAGUCUUACCCCAUCUCCUUUUUUCAGUAUCUUCCUGUCUCCAAAUGUUGAUUACUCCUGCUUCAUCUAUGUUGUCGAAACUGAAGUUAUCCAUCAUAACCCUACACGAUAAUUGUUUAAUGAUAUAAAUGUAAAAGUGUAAGGUAACAUUGAGCCUCUGUUUAAAUGUGUGCUGUGCAGCUGAUGGUGUUGCAGCAUUUUCUAACCAGCAGAUAUUCGAUUGCAGCAGCUUGUCUCAUGGAGAUGAAUGAGGUCAGGGCCAAUUAAUUACAUGGUCCUAAUGACUGAGCUUAUUGGGCCAACUGGGUGCAUUGAAGUGGUUGUCAUGGUAACGGAGACAUAGUUUUUUUUUUUUUUUUUUUUAUGCACUGCGAGUGUGCCGAGUUUGGCUCUCGCUCAUUAUCGUAGUCCAGAGUAUUUUAAAUAUCAGGAUUAUUGGUGCAGUAAACAAGUAUUUACGCCUGCUGUGGAGCUGCGUUCUGGCAUUAACUUGGGGGUUCGCCGUGUCGAGUUCCUGCCGGGGAUUUAACGCUAGUAAACAUGUUAUCUCACAAACGUGUCCCAGCUUUACAUUAGAGGCUUGCAGGAUAUUUGGCUGUCAGUUCAGCCAACAUGUAUGCAAAUAAACAAGGAAUUAUGUAUGAUUUUUCAUUUUUUUUAACUUAGGCCUAUACCUUAUGGGAAUGCUCCGUCGUGGCCAUCUUAAUAGUUUCCUCAUGUUGGCCCUCUGGGUAUGAAGUAUGAAGCAGGAGGUCUUGGUUCUGGAGACACAAUAAUGCUGUUUUCAGCCCUGCCUCUGGGGCUUGUUUUCCCCAUAAAUUAGUGAUUAACUCAAACUGCGCUAAAACAAUGAGGUCUCCGCUCUAAUCUGGGGGUUAAUGGCUGCAAGUGUGACCAUGGGGAAAAGAUUAGCUACUUUUAAGUGGCGCAAAGCGUGGGAUUGGGAUUGUAUGGGAGUGGAAACGGGGUUGUGAAAACUAUAUAUGUACACCACUGACUGGUAAAUAUCAGCUGUUUUAUUCCUUUAGAGCAUUUUUGUGCUAUUAUUUAUAAAAUCCCUUCCUUACAGUCACACAAAACAUGCACAAACACAACAAUUUAGGCCUUGUGGUGAUUGAGAGUCUAUAAUUGGCCUUCCACCUCCUGCUGUUUCUCUCCAUGCAGGAAAGAGGAAAUCAGGAUUAGGUGUUUCCUGUGAAAGUGUGCCAGUUUUUCUCAGCGUGGGGCCAAAACAGUUGAGCAGCAUGUUUAAUGUGUGGAGCCCAUUCCAACCGAGAAAACAUAGGAAACCUGACAAGUGGGACCAUUAAAUCUAUCAAUCCAGCUCUGUAGACGCGUCCCAAAUCAGUGUCAUUAUGCUAGUUUUGAGAAAAAGGGAAAAACUACAAAAAAGCUUUUCAAUCUUACAUAAGCUACCUCGAUCAGCCCCUUUGAAGCAAUUGAAGAAAAUAUGAGAAGGGUCACUGCAUGUUGCGCUCGGUGAAGGCUGCUUUUUGGUGUUGUUUUUUUGUGCUUUCUUUGUCUGUCUCCACUCCUGUGCUUUCUGUCAAGGCUGCAGAGUGAGGCAGCGUGCAGUCUGUAGGUUCAGGGUGAUUAAGUGCUUAAGGUCAGGCUGCUAAUUAUCUCCCUGCCAUUCCUCACCUGACAGCACACAGCAGCCAUUUUCCACACGUUGUCAUGUGAACAGCCAUGUAUUUGUUUUCAUUCCUCAUCUUUAUUUGCCAUUGCUGGAUGUUUGUUAUGUGACUACUUUGCCAUUUGAUAGAGACAGGCAUGGAGCCGCAAUAUUCCUUCCCUCCCUUCUUUCUGUUUUACUCAUUAAUCCUGAAGAGGCAACAAGAGAACAAAGAGGAAAUAAUAUAUAAAAUAACCAUAGAUAUGUGUGUAUCUUCUUUUCCCUUUUUUUGUUAAUUAUCUUGUAACCUUGGGGAGAGGGGGAGUAAUGUGAUUUGUUGGUCUCUGGUGGAUGGAGAUCAUUUUUCGCCUGUGUGCUUAUUAUGUACUAAACAUUACGCCUUCAUUAAUGCAAACCUACUUGAAAAACAACAUAAAAAAUCUCAUCUCCUAAAGGCAUCAUGGGCUUAUGAGUCCUACGUCUGUGGGGAUAGUAUGCAGACAUUUUUAUCUGACUGGUUUUACAAAUUCACCAUAUUUUUGUGCUGCAGUCAAAGCACCUUAGAUUUUAAAGAAAAUUGUAGACUAGUUGUGAUGUUCAAAGCCUGUUUAUAUCUAAGAGGGUUAGAUAUAGAUUUUAUUUCUUUGUUUGCUGCAUUCAACUAAAGCACAUUUGUAGGGGUUAGAGUUCAAAGCCCUUCAAUUGCGGUCGCCAUAUUGGUCAUAACAGCCCAACCUAAUUUGAGUCGACCCAACAAGGGCAAGCAGGCCUGUAAAUCAGCCAGUCUGCUCUGUCACUAUCAGUAAACUAUAAACAGGCGACCACUGCUGUCAACAUGUUUGUUUCUGCUGUAUCAAUGAACAUUCAGACUCAGGUGUUAAUGAAGUCUUCUAGGCGUGUAGAGACAGCUUCAACUGCAGUUUUCAGCAAUUUUGCAUUAGCUUCAUUGUUUACCCUUGGGUUAAUGCAUGCUUGUUGUUUAACCCUCACAUUCUGUUCAAAUCCUGUCAAUCAAAAUUGCCCCUUCAAAGAGUUCAAAGAGCAGGUUUCUGUCACAGAAAGUUCUCUUGACUAGUUAGGUCAUUUUGACCUCUGUCUAGGUGUGUCUGUGUGACUGUGUGCGUGUGUGUGUGUGUGUGUUUCUGUCAAGGUAAUGAUAGUUUCAUAAUGAUUUGAAUAUAUCUUUUUGAACAACAAACCUUAAAUUGAACACUGUUGUUACUGUUUGUCACUUGUCCCACACUGCUAGAUCUAAAAUCCAUCUAAAUAUAGAUACGGGUCAAAUUUGACCCGUAACAGCCUUAGAGGGGAAACAUUUGUAGCACAUAAACAAAAAUACACAUUAAUAUUUUUUCAUUAAUUUCAUGUAUUUUGGGUUAUUUCAGGAAAAGUCGUCAAGUUUCAGGCUUAAAAAAUGAUGUUUAGGGUAUUUUUACUGCUGUUAAAAGUCAAAACGGGUCAAAUUUGACCCCGAACGGUAUGUGAGGGUUAAGAUUGCCAAAUACAUUGUUUCACUCUCUAACUCAGAUUGAUCCCAAUUUUGAGGGUUUUUAAUAACUUCAGAAGCCAUGCAUGUUUUACUUGUGUAACACGGGCCUACUUGUUCAGGCUUAUGCCUACAAGAGGAGAGGAUCCUAAGCUCUUGCAGUGUCAGGUUUAAGUUCAAGAACCACACAUUUUUGACAUUAUUUCUCUCGGCUGUUUAACAAGGAGGUUUGAGGAAGACUUCAGGGUAUGCUUUAUGAUUUCUACAACCACAUGCUUGGAAGAGCCACAAACAUGACAUGCUGGGCUGGAUUUACUGCCAUUUAACACCACUGAUUGGUAUUAAAGUCCCAAAGAUUGAUACGCAUGCCUGUGGUUGUAACUUGAAGCUCCCUUUAAAGCUGGCUGUGGUGUUUUUGAUUUCAGGUUUUAGCUUCGAAUCAUCCAGUAGUUGGUCUUUCUGUCAGAAUCAGCUUAAUUAGCCCCCUUUUUAAUGCACAUGUCGUACGGUAGUGGCCCUUGAAAAAUAAAUAAGUGAAUGCAGAGUAGAGAUGGCCUAUUUGCUAAUGAGGUUUCCAUAGUGCCACAUUAAGGCAGCCGCAGUGGGAAGUGCAGCUGUGUUGUGUCUCCAUGGCUCUGACAGGGCUGUAAUCUCUGGACUAACAAUAUCAGACACCCUGUGAAGACGUGUUAGCAUCCAAAGUGUUUGAAGUGUUCGCGGAGCAAAGAGCCAAUCACAGCAUGAAGAGCAUGACACUGACAUUUUACUGGAUGAGAAAUAGAUGAAAAUUGCCUCUUUUUUGUUUUGUUAUCCAUUUUUCAUGAUAAAUGAAUUCUAUCCAAGGCGGGGAAAUAAAAGUUUUCCUAAGAUGCAAGGGUUUAUAAUGCACGCUAUCCUUUUUUUCCCCCUUCAAAAGCUCUUCUUACACGGAUAUAAAGCAGUUGUACUUAUCAUAAUGAUCGUACAUAGUCAAUUUUAGCCACUAAAAAUCAAUGCAGCAGCUGAUGUUUCUUCAAGAGGAGGAAACUAGAGAACAGAGAGCCUCCAUCUGGAUGUUGGACACAGUUAAACACCUCUCUUAUGUCACAGAUGUUAUGGUUUCCUAUAGCUGCACUUCACUCUGAUACAUAAUAAGCAGUGUUUUGCUUUGUUGUAUUUCUCUGUAGAAUUCAUACAUGCUCCCAGCACCACUGCACUGUUCCUUCUGCUCCACUGGGAGAUUGCUGGAUGGAUUGAACACACCACCUUCACUCUUUUUUUCCCCCUCCAUUUUAAACACCCAAUUUAUUUCUUUCAUGAGAUGGAUCUUGUAGAUUGAAUCAUUUUCACAGUCGGGAGGCUCACUGUAGGCCCUGAAAUGAAAUGAACUCCCAAAUCAAUUUCAAACGGGAACAACAAGUGAGCCUCUCCCUCCCUGCAUAGCUGGAAUUGGUUUUGUUAUUGAAAAUGAAAUGAAGUGUUUUCUUUUUUAUUUUGCGCCCCUUUUAUUGCAGAUUACAGCCUUGUUCUUUUGCCUUCUAUGAUUCCCACCGACUUAAAGCCUGAUCUGGUUUAAUUUCAGAGCCUUUUUUCUCUGAAUGUCAGGAAUUCUAUAAAAGUGUCACUCUAAAAGGUGGCUGUAAUUUCUACAAGGUGAUUUAUUGUUUUUUAAAUGGGCCGCCUUUUCCCACCUUUCCCUUUGUCGCGGGGAGUUAAGCAGCCGUGAAAUUGCUUGAAUAAUAGUGUUUAAAUCCAAUCUUGGUUUGUCCCGUCAGCUUUCCCACACACAAUUCAAUCCGCAGUGCUUUUGGUGAUUGCUUUUUUUUUUUCCAUCUGGCUCAACUUUUCCUUCACAGUUACGGGUUCCAAGCUUUUACAGUAGAAUCGGUUCAGGUUUAUGAAGCAUAACUGGGGCACAAUAUUCGAGGCAGACAGUGGAAAUGCUUGAAUGAGCUCACAGUUUUUUAGAAACUACAAAAAAAUGAGGUUUGGAUUGGAGGUAUUGAAGCCUUUAGACUGCAAGGCUAAUCACCCACCAUCUUUACUCCGUGAAAGGGUGUUUUAUUUCAGUUCUUGUUGAUUAUUUUUUAGGCUGAACAAGAACACGAGUCUAAAACUAUGGACGCCUUGAGUAACAUGUAUCCAACAGUGAUCCAAGUGGGGCACCGACAUAAGCAGGAGUGUUCAGUGAAAAACAUAUUGAAAGAAAACAUUUAACAGUUGAAAUGAAUUCUGUAUUUGAUUCACCCUGGAGCUGCUUCCCAAGGAUUAAAACUCACAGAUGGGUCUUAGUCUGUGUCAAGUGACAGCUGAAGCUAGCUCUGACCUCUUGAAUCAAAGCAAGUGAAAAUACAACAUAAAAAACAGAAGCUUUCAUGGUACAGUGUAAUUUCUUAUACUGGAAAUAAAAAUGGACAUUGAAAUGAAUUUUAAAGUGAUUUAGUAAAAAGCAGCUGUUCACAAGUGAGUCUUUAAUCUGGUUUUAAAAGAACUGAGAUUAUCAGACUGGAAAUCUUCCUGUAGUUUGAGCGAUGAAACAUAAAUCUAAAAAGUUAUUUUUUCAGGAAUGACAGAGACGCUGGUCAGCUGGAAGAGCAGAUGCAUUGAAAUCUUGUUAAAACUAUUAAAAUGAAUUUAUUAUUGCAGGAAAACCAGCAUUUUAAAAUAACAGAAUUAGGAGAUAAAUUCGACUAUCUCAAAAACAAAACCAUAAAUAAACCUUCCGUCACAAGGAAAAGGAAAAAUGAUGGAAGAAAGAACAUAGAUACCAUCUGCAGAGGGCUUCCAUGUAAAAAUGUUUCAGAGAAUUACUUCUAUUCACAGUAACCAGCCUUUGCUAGUUUCUUCCUGCUGUUAUUUUACUGCUAAAUGUCAUCCAGUGAAUCAUCUUUAACCCUUUUUGGUGGAAUCAGGUCCCCUCUCUGUCUGAAUAAAUUUUAAUGAAGACUAAUCAAACUGUGCCCAAGGUGUUUACCUCCAUUAGAUUAGUUUAAACAUGCACAUGUCUGUAAAUAUCACCGAAAAGAAGGUUAAAUUUGUGAGGGGGAAAAAAAAAGGAUUUUAUGAGACAAAGUUUUCCCCAAUUGUAAGCUAAUCAUACUUUCUGUCUGCUCCCUUCACAGGCGAGCCAGCCUCCAUGGUCUCUCGGUACCCUUCUCCUGCAGAGUUGGAUGCUUUUGCCCAGAAGACUGCCAACAGUCCCCUGUCCAUCAAAAUCUUUCCAUCUGACGUCCGGGUGCCACAGCACAAACAGCUAAACAAAACAGUCAACGGAUUGGACACCACGGGACAGCGCUACAGCCCUUACUCACACCCGUACUCAGGAGGAUACCAGGGUUUGUUGGCCAUCGUCAAAGCUUCUGUGGUGGUCAGAGGUGUGCUGAAAAACUCAGAGGGCAGGAGGACUAAACAUGCAAACAGCCAGACUCCUGCGGCACCGUAUAAUAAUCCUCUGAAUAACAGCUACACAGUCAGACACGGGCACAAGGCCUAUCAUAUAAGCUCAUGUAAGCCCCCUGAUGUUCCCGUUGAGAUGGUUUGUUCUAGCACAGGGAUGGCCUCCGGAGAUCAGAGCCUGGCCCCCCAGUCUGAGCUGGCAGAGGUUCAAAGCCUGAUGAUGAGGCAGAUGAGCAGAGUUCCCCACAGCCAGGCCCUGCAGCUGGGGGGGGAGGCACGAUCCAGCCCCUCUCUGCAGGCUGUGGCUGCAGUGGCGAAUUCAGACUCCGACUUUGUUCUGGGAGUGCCGCCCCAGAGCAGUCUGGCAUUUACUGGGGCAGUGAUACCUACACAGGGUGCAGAGGGAGGCCAAGCUAGGUACGCAGAGAAGGGAGAGUACACAAUAUGGCAACAGAAGCAUCAAAUUCAGCAGCAGUAUCAGCAGGGAGCAGGGAGGGUGUACAGUGUGAGGAAUAGCACUCAGGGGCUCAGAGCAGCAGAUGCUAGCCAGCCUCCUGAAACCUGCCUCCCUUUGUCAUCAUAUAGACUGCAUCCUAGUGUUGUCGGUGCCCGGCAGGAGCGCUCCUCUUUAAACUGCUCCACCAUGCAGGUGGAGCCCUCUGUUGGACAGUUCUUUGCUCCUCUCUGGGAUGGUGCUCUAGCUACUCCUCAUAGCGACUGUUACACUUCUCAGGUGAUGGCAACGGGUACAUGUGCAGCCAGGCCUAGAAACCAGGGGCUCUCCCAUCCCCAUCUCCACCCAAACCACCAUCAACACCACCACCACCAUCAACCACAGCUCCACCCUCCUCCUCUUCCUCAUCCUCAUUCCCAGGCCUACAGCACAGACCAAAACCUCUGUUGUGGGCUGCCGAGUGCUAGCCUAUGCCACGCUGCGGUGCUCAGCAGCAGCCUGCAGUCUCUGGAGUGCCUCAUCAGUGAGAUCCACCCGCCCUGCAUCAAAGAGCGCAUGCUGGGCCGCGGGUACGAAGCCGUGGGGAUGCCUCAGCUACUGGAGCACCACCAGCAAACUCACAUCCAGCUGCCUAUCUACAGAUAAGACGCGAACGCAGAGGAGAAAAACCUUUUAUAGAUGGUGGAAAUGUGUCCGUUUAGACGUCUUUGAGAAUGAGACAUGCCGUUUUGUAGUUUGUGCAUGUACUACGUUCAUUGAAGGCUUUGUGUUAGAAGCCUAAAAUGGUAAAUGAUAAUCAUGACUUAAGAUACAGGUUGAUCCUCUGGACUUUUGUGUUUGAUUUUUAUAUCUUAAAUGGCCAUCAAAUAUGCCUGCUCUUUCAUGUUUGAUACAGAUGCUGAGCGCCUAAUCAGAAUUUCCCAUUUCGCUCGAUCAUGAGUUGCACCGUUUGCAGAUGAUCCCUUUGUUUAUCUUCACAGAAAUGGAAAGUAACUAAACUGAAAAAGUCAAAACUUGAAUCUUGGAAGGACUUGGUGGUGACAGAUUUUGUGAAUAUGAUGUAUAUUUUUUAUGUUACACCUUUUCAUUUGAGGGGACAUCCUUACAUUAUUAACUGGAUCAAGGUUCUGCUGGGUUUAGUUUGUCUACUUUUUAGUAACAUAAUCACUUGCUUAGUUUCUGCCAGUUUUCUGAUCAGUGUAUGGGAAUGUUUUUUUUUUUUCAGUUGGCUGCAAUAUGAAUAUAAAUACAUUAUGUCAAAGUUGUGAUAUCGAACACCAUAUGGAUUUCAUUUAGUCAUGCUCGGCACAAUGUAUAAGGACUGCUGCGUAUCCAAAUCAACACUGUGGCAUUUUGGGCCAAGAAAGACAUGCCCCCUUGGCUGUAUUUCUCUUUGCAUUUUUCAGAGGCUGUGGACAUUUUUCUUGAAUGAAAUCAUGUUUUUCUCUUGAAGGUUGUGACAUUUUAACAUAUGGGUAUAAUGGAGUGCCACACUGGUAAGCAGGCCAAUUUAAUCUUAUGAAGUAUGGUUUUAUGUAUGGCUACUCUCUCUGAUGGUUGAAUAUGUAUGACUGUUAAGUUCUGUGUGUGUCUGCACUGGUUCUGUGAUACUAUUUAUUUAUGUUGGCCUGUUCAGUUAAAUGGCAAACUGUCUCUAUAAUUAUAAAGUGCAAUUAUUAUAUAUGAAUAUGUGAGCGCUCUCCAUGAUGUAUGUUGUUGAGAUAACUACAUUUUGCAAUGUAUGACCCAAAUCCCUCACCCUUUUUUUGCCUCUUCUUAAUAAGGAUUGUCAAGUAAAUGAGAUUUUCUAAACCCUGAAAA